AAAUUUAACCCAAGUUCACUCUCUAUUUAUUUAGAUUGAUUAAUUUGAUUCAAUUUCAACUCACUGAUUCCUCAAGUUAGUGCUUUAAAGGUCCCGUACGGUUGCUCGUGUAAUGCUAUGGAAUAUUUUUGGUCUGGGCUGUUUGGUUGGUGCGAAAAUGUGGGAAAAUGUAAGAAAAUGAGAUGUUUUUUUUUGAUCUUUUAAAUGAUGUGUGGAGGUUCAGAGAAGUUAAGUUCUAAGGCUUUGUCUCCACCUGCAUCCCUGCAAAGCAAGUCAUCUCUAGAUAAAACUAUGAGUAAUCUAUCUAAAACAGUUGAGUCCAAACAUUCUUUUUCCCUUUUGCUUGAGCUUGCAGCUGAUAAUGAUUCUGAGGGUUUCAAGAGAUCUAUUUGUAAUGCAUCCGACAUUCAUGAGGUUGGAGUCUGGUAUUGUUGCCAACGGAUGUCAAAAAAGAAAGUUCUUGACAGUAUGACACCGUUAAUGGUUGCAGCUAAAUAUGGCAGUGUUGAUGUUGUGAAACUAAUUCUUUCUUUAUCUAAGGCUGAUGUAAAUCUGUCUUGUGGUUUGGAUAAGAGCACUGCCUUGCAUUAUGCUGCUUCUAGUGGAUCUAUUAAUGCAGUUGAUGUUGUCAAGUUGCUUUUACUUGCUGGUGCUGACCCAAAUGUCACUAAUGCUGAUGGGCAUCGCCCAUCAGAUGUUAUUGUUACUCAUCCAAAUGUUCCCAAUUCGAGAGUGGCCCUUGAAGAGCUUUUGAAGAAUAAUGUUUGUGUUGGUUUAGACGAUAUUCAGGUUUCUGCUGUUAGUUUGAGGUCCAGUUCGCCAUCUCUUUCAUCAUCACUGGAUACUUGUUCUUUUGCUUCUGUCUCAGAUGUACCCUUGUCAUCUGGCAGUUGCAAGCCUAAUGAUAUUCAUACUUCGUAUGCACCGGAGAAGAAAGAAUACGCUAUUGAUCCAUUUUUUCCUGAUAUCAAGGACAGCAUGUAUACAUCUGAUGAAUUCCGGAUGUUUUCCUUUAAGAUCUGGCCUUGUUCCCGAGCUUAUUCCCAUGAUUGGACUGAGUGUCCUUUUGCUCAUCCAGGUGAGAAUGCACGGAGAAGAGACCCAAGAAAGUUCCAUUACAGUUGUUUGCCAUGUCCAGAUUUUCGUAAGGGAACAUGUGGGCGUGGAGAUUUGUGUGGAUAUGCUCAUGGAGUUUUUGAGUCCUGGCUACACCCAGCCCAAUACAGAACCAGACUCUGCAAGGAUGGUACAAGUUGUGCACGACCUGUGUGCUUUUUUGCCCACUCAUCAGAGGAACUGCGACCUACUUAUGUGUCUACCGGAUCUGGUGUGCCAUCCCCUCGCUCAGCUGCAGCCAUGGACAUGGGCCACAUGGCUUCAACCUUCAAUAUGUUGCCUGGCUCCCCAUCAGCUGUUUCUGCCAUGUCACAUUCUUUGUUUAGCCCAACCAUGUUUUCUGCUAAUGAUAUAUCACAGUCAUCCAUGUGUUGGCCUCAGCAAAGCAUCCCAACUUUGCAUCUCCCAAGCAGCAACCUUCAGUCAAGCCGAUUGAGAUCUUCUCUCAGUGCUAGAGACAUUCCAGCUGACAAUCUUGAUAAGCUGCAAGAUUUUGAAAUGCAGUAUCAGAAAUUACUUAAUAAUACAUCUUAUCUUUCUCUGCCGCAAUUUGGUGCCCAAGGGAAUCUUUCUGCUAGUUCAAAAACCUUAACUCCUCAAAAUCUUGACAAGCAUUUUUGUCCUGAGGUCGCAUCUUCUAGAUACACUGAUCAGUUUGCUGCUACAACUGUUUUAUCUCCGUCACAUAGAUCAAUGGCUCUUAAUCAAUUCCAGCAGCAUCAAAGCAAGUUAGCUCCAAUCAAGACAAAUUUGUUCUCUCCAAAGAAUGAUGAUCACUCUCUCUUGCAGGCUUCAUUUGGUGUUUCCUCUCCAGGGAGAAUGUCACCACUGAAGGUGGAUCCUAUAUCUCCAAUGAACUCUCGUCUAUCUAUCCUUACUUGUCGUGAGAAGCUGCAGCAACAGUUAUGCAGCCUGAGCUCUCCAGAACUUCGGUCUAACCUUUCUCGUGAUCUUAAAUCUAAUGUUUUUGUUGGUUCCCCAGUGCAUUCUUGGUCAAAAUGGGAAUCUCCCGAUGUCAAAGUAGAUUGGUCUGUUCAGGUUGAUGAACUGAAUCAAUCACGCAGAUCAUUUUCAAUUGGAUGCAAUGGAGAGGAGCCUGAUGUUUUAUGGGCUCUAUCACCAUUGAAGGAAACUCCAUCAAAUUUGAAAGAAACAAGCAUAGGUCUACCCUCAAGCACGCCUUUGUCAGUUGAGGGUUCUAAUUUAAACCCUCAGAGUGAAUCCAGUGAUCAGUCAGGAGCAUGGCUUGAGCAACUGCAACUCGAUCAGAUUGUUGCUUAGCGAAAAUUCCUACUGUGUUCACUGAACCUUGAGACAGUUAAACUGAAUUGUUAGUUUAUUUUUUACUUUGUUACUGAUAAUAAUUCAUCAUUUCCCCGUAUCAUAUGGCAGUCAAGUAGAGGAUAGUAACCAUACAAGGCAGUGGAAGAAUGAAGGCCAGAGAAAAGUUUGUCUCCAUUUGUUUAUUCAUUUAUUUAUUGUUAUCACAGGAGAAAUCAGGAAGAAAUGACAGUGUCUGGUUUUGCAAAGACCCAACUAAGGCUAGGCAGCUUUCUUGCCAUACUUUCCAUGACCUAGGCUGCUUAUUUUUCAUUCCAUAAAAUUAUGGUGUUCUUGAAAAUGUUUCCAUGUUUCAUUAAGAUGGCGUUUAUGGCCCUCUUUUUCAUUAUUGAUAUUUGUUGUUAUUGUUUUCAUCCCAGAUGAAUCUUUAAAGAGUUUGAACAUGUGAUGAUGUAAUAUUUCAUUACUAUUCAAUCAAUUAUAUUCUUUCAAUA